AUGAAUGGUGUUAUGUUGCCUGGGAACUCAUCUGCUUUUACAGAGAGGAAAGUGAAUGGCCCAGGGACCCCCAGGCCGCUGAACAGACCAAAGCUCUCUCUAGCGACAAACGGCCUACCGGACAGUACAGAAAACAAAGACCCUACCACAGAGCAGGGACACGACAAACCCUCCAGUGAGGUGUCGGCAUCAAGUACCCUGGGGAGCUCUGUGAAGAACAAGCACCAUGACGACGAUGAAGAGGAGGAUAUGGAGGCGGAGCAACACGAGGUGAAGAGGCUCAAGUUCAACGAGGAGGAUGAAGAGGAGGAGGGGGACACCCUCAGACCCGGCCACACUGACAGUUUGUCGAAAGAGGCAGAGUCCAUGGUCCAGGAGGAGGAGGAGGAUGACGACAAGAAGAAAAGUGAGGCUCCCAGUACUGCUGGGACUUGUGAAGACCAAGAGCCAUCGAGCACACAGUUGGAGCCAUCAGCAGACCCCGGGGAGAACGAGCAGGCAGAGAGGGAGGUUCCUUGUGGCUCCCAAGAGGAAUGUAAUGACAUGGACCAGUCAGAACAGCAGGCCCCUGCUGGCGUCCUGGAGAGCCCUGAGGCCCGGGACAGCGAUGAGGGCAGUGACCCAGUCAGCAGCAGCAGCAGUAGCAGCAGUAGCAGUGAGGAGAUCGGAGCCAGGAAAGAGAGAGCCCCUGCUCCCUCCAGCAAUACUCCUGAGCCACCUGCAGAGGGCGCCAUGGAGAGUGGCAGCCUGGACACGGGGACCAGUGAGGAGCCCAUGGAGCAGGACUAG